AGGUUUGGGAGCAAAGUCGGAUGCGUUGAUAACCAAAUCCUCCGUAUUAGGUCGUGCAUGCAAAAUUCACCACCUAAGUUGCAGGCUUAAUUUAUGCUCCAAGGGGUAUGUACGUAUAUAAAUACAUGAAGUGCAAAGUUUUAACAUCAAAAAAGUGGAACAAACGUUCUAAUAUAUAGCUUAAGAACAAGAAAAUUAAGGUUCGAACAGUCCGAUGGCCACCGUCAAGAAGUCUGUUGCUUCAUUCGGGUCCUCCCCUGCAAUGCUGGCUUUACUGUUUCUGGCUCUCGUCCUGCAAAACCAUGUGGUGAAAUCCCAAGAACCCAGCUGCCCAACCACCCUCGCAAACCUCAAUGUAUGCGUCCCGUUCUUGGUGCCAGGGUCAGGGCCAGCUGAUAACCCCCCAAGCGCUGAAUGCUGCAACGCAGUACAAGCAGUGAAAGAGGAUUGCAUUUGCAACACUCUCCAAAUUGCUUCCCGUCUUCCAACUAGGUGCAGCCUCCCCGUCCUCAACUGCUCAGCAAACUGAGUCGGACGUGGGGUAUCGCGGACGAAUAAUGUCAGGGCUCUCAGGGUCCUCUCCCUCUCAAUAAUUAUUCGCUUUUUUUUUUUUUUUUUUACUUUAUUGCUUGCUUUCUUUCUUUCUUUUUUUAUUUUAUCUUUUCUGCUUUGUGUCUGAUCUGAUCUGCAGCCCUGGGGGCAGUGGGAUGUAAUGCAGGUCAGACUUGACGGACGAGUGUAGUGACAUGAAACCAAUAAAGAACAGAUCAAAUUUAAUAACAGAUGGAGCCAACUUACA